ACUCACCAACCACAAAAGUGACAAACCCCAAAGCCAAAAACAGAACAAACUUAAUUAACCUUUUUAGAACUUUGGUGUUAUGGAUACAGAGGAAGCUCCAUCGACACCGGUGACGCCGGGAACUCCGGGAGCUCCACUGUUUGGACGGGUGAAAGAAAAUCAGCAUGGAAGUGAGAAUGGUAAAAGAUCUCUUCUCAAAAGUUGGAUCUGUUUCAAUGUUGAUGAUAGUUGGGGGAGUGAAGAAGGAGGCUUAUCUAAAAUAGUCUCUUCUUGUUCAUUGCCAUACCCUCCUGUUUCACUUGCAAGAAAGGUGGGAGCAGAGUUUAUAGGCACUUUGAUUCUCAUAUUUGCCGGAACUGCCACCGCCAUAGUGAACCAAAAGACGGAAGGAACCGAAACGUUGAUCGGCCUGGCGGCUUCCACCGGCCUUGCAGUGAUGAUCGUGAUCUUGUCAACGGGUCACAUCUCCGGAGCCCAUCUGAAUCCAGCCGUCACCAUUGCUUUUGCUGCAUUGAAGCAGUUUCCUUGGAAGCAUGUGCCAUUGUAUAUUGGAGCUCAAAUGGUGGCUUCUUUGUGUUCUUCGUUUGCAUUGAAAUGGAUCUUUGAUCCAAUAAUGGGAGGAGGAGCCACUGUUCCUUCAUGUGGAUAUGCCCAAGCUUUUGCUCUCGAGUUUAUUAUUAGCUUCAACCUCAUGUUUGUCCUCACCGCCGUUGCUACCGACACUCGAGCUGUGGGAGAGUUGGCGGGAAUCGCCGUAGGAGCAACGGUUAUGCUCAAUAUACUCAUUGCCGGACAAACAACUGGAGCUUCAAUGAAUCCAGUAAGAACACUGGGGCCAGCCAUUGCAGCAAACAAUUUCAAAGCCAUAUGGAUUUACCUCACAGCUCCCAUAUUAGGGACAUUGUGUGGAGCUGGAAUCUACACUGCAGUUAAGUUGCCUGACAAAGAUGGUGAUUCUCGCUUGCCUUCUACUGCAGCAAGCUUUCGACGAUGACAACAGAUCGAUUGCCCGACCUACCUAAAUAACCCAGAGAACACUUUGAACCUAAAUCAGAAAGAUCGAUAAGAUGGAAAAAUGAAACCAAAUGUAUGUUCGGUAUCAGUAGUAAAUACGCAACAGAACAAUGUCUAUGGACAGGCUGCAAGUAUUGGUCAUUGUGUAUGAUAGUUAACCAAAGGAUUUCCAGUUCUUAACCAAAAGGAAAAGAAACUCCCUAAUAAUUGUUUUUGUAAUCUGGAAAUGAAACUAUAGCACUUGAAUUGUAAACUCAAUUCGGGUAGUAUCUAGAAAACUAUGGCCCGUCUCCAUAA